AUUUUCACACAACGAUAUUCUCUAUCAAUCAUCGAUGGCAAAGGCUCAAUUCACUAUUAUCGGAACAAUUUCGCAGCCCAUUCUAACUCUUUAGAUCUAAUCGUUUGAUAAGUGCGAGAAGGCCAACCAUUUCCUUUGAUUCUCGUCAAAUUAAACCCUAAAUUUCCGUUGCCCUUUCAAUCGGAUCUGAACUGAGAGACCAAUUCAAUCAUGGCUUCUAUGAAGUCGUCUAGGUCAAGGGCGCAAUCGGGGGCCCCAGCGAAAGGCAACCCCAAGGAGACUGGCUCGAAGCUGGAGGAAAAUCUCAACGUCUUCGAGUCCGAUAAUUUCGAUGCUGACGGCUAUGUACAGUCCAAAUGUCAUUCCCUGAACGAGAAGGAAAUAAGGCAUCUAUGCUCAUAUCUUUUGGAUUUGAAGAAAGCUUCUGCUGAGGAAAUGCGCAGAAGUGUUUAUGCUAAUUAUACAGCCUUUAUACGCACAGCAAAAGAGAUUUCAGAUUUGGAGGGUGAGCUUUCAUCAAUCAGGAACCUGCUAUCUACUCAAGCGACUUUAAUUCAUGGUUUAGCUGAGGGAGUUUACGUCGAUUCCAUGUCUAUUGCUGUUCCUGUUGGUCCCACUGCCAAUUGUUUGUGUAAUGAUGAUGGUAGAGAACCUUCAGACCUAGAGAACUGGUUGAUAGAGUUUCCUGAUCUCCUUGAUGUUUUGUUAGCUGAAAGGAGAGUGGAUGAAGCUUUGGGAACUCUUGAUGAAGGAGAACGUGUAGCUUCUGAAGCAAAAGAAACAAAAACCCUGAGUCCUACUAUGCUUUUGUCACUACAGACUGCAAUUAUGGAACGUAGGCAAAAAUUAGCUGAUCAGCUUGCUGAAGCUGCUUGCCAACAUUCUACACGUGGUGCUGAGCUUCGCGCAGCUAUUUCCGCUCUUAAAAGGCUUGGGGAUGGCCCUCGUGCUCAUUGUUUACUACUCAAUGCACAUUUCCAAAGAUAUCAGUACAACAUGCAAAGUCUGCGUCCAUCAAGCACCUCAUAUGGAGGAGCAUACACUGCUGCCCUCUCACAGCUGGUAUUUUCUGCUGUUGCUCAAGCAGCAAGUGAUUCUUUGGCCAUUUUUGGUAAGGAGCCGGCUUAUACAUCGGAGCUGGUGAUGUGGGCUACAAAGCAAACUGAGGCCUUUGCGCUUCUUGUUAAGAGACACGCUUUAGCUUCAUCUGCAGCUGCUGGAGGUUUAAGAGCUGCUGCCGAAUGCGUUCAAAUAGCUUUAGGUCAUUGUUCAUUGUUGGAAGAUCGUGGUUUAGCACUUUGUCCUGUGCUCCUGAAACUUUUUAGACCUAGUGUUGAACAAGCACUAGAUGCUAAUUUGAAGCGAAUUGAAGAGAGCACUGCUGCUCUUGCUGCGGCUGAUGAUUGGGAACUCACCUCUCCUCCCACUGUCACACGCCAAUCUGUCAGGCCUUCCAGUACGUCUCUGGGAACUACGACUGCAUAUCACCAUAAACUUUCAAGUAGUGCUCAUCGGUUCAAUCUGAUGGUCCAGGAUUUCUUCGAGGAUGUGGGGCCACUUCUAAGUAUGCAGUUGGGAGGUAAAACAUUAGAAGGUUUGUUCCAGGUGUUUAACUCAUACAUUAACAUGCUUAUCAAAGCAUUACCGGGUUCAAUGGAAGAAGAAGCAAACUUUGAAGGUUCUGGAAAUAAAAUUGUUCGAAUGGCUGAGACUGAAGCCCAGCAAAUUGCAUUGCUUGCAAAUGCGUCCUUAUUAGCAGACGAACUGUUACCUCGUCCAGCUAUGAAGCUCGCGCUGCUGAAUCCGGCUAACUACAAAGAUGAUGCUCGGAAAAGACCUUCAGAUAGGCAAAACCGUCAUCCAGAGCAAAGGGAAUGGAAGAGACGUCUCCUGAGCUCAGUCGAUAGAUUAAAAGAUAGUUUUUGUCGACAACAUGCUCUAGAUCUUAUUUUUACAGAGGAUGGUGAUAGCCAUCUUAGUGCAGAAAUGUACAUAAACAUGGAUGGAAAUGUGGAUGAAGUUGAAUGGUUUCCCUCUUCAAUAUUCCAGGUACUUCUUAGGGGUUGAUGUCAAAAUGUGGUUUUAUCUCAACGUUAUUAAAAUGUUUCCUUUUAGUUUGUUAAAAUCACAUUUGGUAAUCUAUAUGUCUUUUAGGAUGUUGUGUACAUUUCUUUAUAUUUGUGAGCAUCUUUUCAUACCUAGAAGAUUGUGAAUAGAGUAAUGUUUAUAAUUGAAUGUUGUUUCGGAGUUCUUCAAUUAGACAAUUUGAGUACUCGAUACCCCUACUCUUGGUUGAUUCAAUUUUUCUGUUCUGUUGAUUUGACCACAAUUACUUCACUAUGAAUAAUUGUUUCGUUCCAUUUAGGUGAACAUGUCACUUUAGAUUCCAUUCUAACUAUCAUUAUAGGACCUAGAUGCUCAUUGCAUUGUUAUGUAAUAAAGGAUUGUAUGCUUAUGCUCGCUUUCAAAAUCUUGUUCCUAUAUCAACUCAUCUUAUUUCAUGCUCAUAUUCAUUCUAUUUCUUAAUUUGACCGAUAUAGUCAUGUUGUUUUAAUGUAUUUUUUUUUUUUUAACCCAAAUCAGGUAACCUAGAUAUUUAUUAUUAGUAGAGAUAUGUAAAGGUUCAGGCAACUGAGAAAUAACACAUUCAAAAAUUAAGUUUGACAGGAGUGGGAAUGUUAAUACCUAAUAUUGAUAUGUGGUAAAACUAGAAAGGAUAGAAUUAGGAACAAAUAUAUUUGUGAAAAAGUGGAAGUAGCACAUAUAGAAGAUAAAUUAAGGAAGAAUCGACUUAGGUGGUUUGGAAAUAUCUAUGGACGGUCUACUACGACACUGGUGAGAAAGAGUGAUAUGAUAGCUAUUGACGAUAAGCGUAGAGGUUGAGGAAGUCUAAAAUUAAUUUAAAUGAAAUAGUAACAAAAGAUAUGAUAACUUAUGGUUUUAUAGAAAACAUGACUCUUACUAUAUAUUAGAGCAGUAGAGCACAAUAACAAACAAGAUUCAUGUAGCUGACAUGGUGACACCACCGAUGUUGGGACAAGGCUUUGUUGAUUUGUGACCUGUCAUGUUUUAUAAGUAAAGGUGAUUAAAUCAUGAACUGUUUGUGGAAAACCUCAAAUUCAGGUGAAUUGAAGUUUUCAGAACGAUGUCUUUGUGCCAUCAUAGCCUCUGAGCAUUAUCAAUGUGUGCCUUUAGUCUAAUCUCUGAGGUUGAUAAUCCUUGCUUAGAGCAGUUUUGAAAGAUGCAUGCACUUGUUAGUGAAUUGCAGCAUGUGCCAUUUGUUAUGAUAACCUAAUCAUUCGUACGAAACUAAUUAAUUGGAUUAUUCUGUUAUGUAAGUGAUUUCACGUUUUUCUCCUUAUGGUUACAUGUUUUUCAUGGUUAAAAUAUUUACUGUAGUUAAAAUAUUUAUUGUGGUUAAAAAGUAAGUAUAAUAAUCAUAUUUAGGCUAAAAGGUUAAAGCCUUAAAGGUCAAUAGAUAGAUUUAUCGUUGUUUAAAGGUUAAAAUAUAAGUUGUCAGAUCUAAUCGACCUGUCCUGCUCUUAUGCUUUAUGUAAGCAAGCCACUCUGUUUUAGUAACUAUAGAUGUGUGAGCGGGGCUCUAUAUGUAGAAACAUUAUUCUGUUUUAUGUAUUGUAGAGAUUUUUUUUUUAAAAACGUGGUACUAACUGCUUUGUUUAUCUUGGACCCAGUGCACAAGGCUUCCACCACUGCGGGGUCUGGGGAGGGUUAGAUAUACGUAGCCUUACCUUUACAAGCAGAGCAGCUGUUUCCACUUUGUUUAUCUUGGACCCCCCCCCCCCCCCC